AUGAUGACAAUGAUUUCACAGGAAAGUUUUAAUGGUAGAACGUGUCUUGCCUUCCAUCUUCUGACUGGAAAUCUAACAAUGAAAAGGAUUGUCUUUGCUGGUGAUUUUAUCUUAUUCUGCCUCUUAGGUGAUGUUGGAGGUACGAUCUGUAGACUAUGCAAUCUCUCACUCCCCUUCCAUGGAUGUAUUUUAGACUCUGGAACCUGCAAAACAAAACCUGAUCAGCAUUGUAUAAGACAGAUCUACAGUAAAGGUGGCAUUGAAUGGUAUUCAACUAAAGGCUGCACAGAGAACAGCACAGAAUGCUUCCAGAGAAAUACGACAUCUUACAUGACUCGUUCUAGUCACUGCUGCUAUAGUUCUUUGUGCAAUUUGUGA